CGCGAGAUUCCGUGGCCUGUGGUGGGAGAGUUGGUCAAGUUUUUUUUUGUUUCUGACGGGGAGGUUUUGCAGUUGACGCUUUAAAGCAGCUUUUGGUCUCCUUAAAGUGGUUCGGAUUGGAAUGUCUGUGCCAGAUAUAUUCUAACCCGUCUUUUCUGGUGAUUUUUGAGUGGCGCAAACUAGAAGAAAAUGAGCUUCCUUUUUGGGAAUCGAAGUAAUAGAACUUUCAAACCAAAAAAGAACAUUCCAGAAGGUUCUCACCAGUAUGAGUUGCUAAAGCACGCUGAAGCAACCCUGGGCAGUGGUAAUCUUCGUCAGGCUGUUAUGUUACCAGAAGGCGAGGAUCUUAAUGAAUGGAUUGCCGUCAAUACUGUGGACUUCUUCAACCAAAUCAACAUGUUAUAUGGAACAAUAACAGAGUUUUGUACGGAGCAAAGCUGCCCUGUUAUGUCAGCAGGACCAAGAUACGAAUACCACUGGGCUGAUGGCACAAACAUUAAAAAGCCAAUCAAAUGUUCGGCUCCAAAGUAUAUUGAUUACCUUAUGACAUGGGUACAGGACCAGCUUGAUGACGAGACCCUAUUUCCUUCAAAAAUAGGUGUACCCUUUCCUAAAAACUUCAUGUCUGUGGCCAAGACCAUUCUGAAGCGGCUGUUCAGGGUCUAUGCUCACAUUUACCACCAGCAUUUUGACUCUGUGAUGCAGCUGCAGGAAGAAGCUCACCUCAACACUUCCUUCAAGCACUUCAUCUUUUUUGUUCAGGAAUUUAAUCUGAUUGACAGGAAAGAACUUGCUCCUCUUCAAGAUCUAAUUGAAAAACUUGGAUCGAAAGACAGAUGAUUUCUCUCUUCUAUUUUCCACAUCAGCGUGAUCUUAGUGCUUUUUCUACCUUCAAGAUCCCCAUUUCUCUGCACAUACACAGUAUGACGUGUGAUCAUUGUGAGCAUGCUCUGUGGAAAAAUCCAUAGUCUCUAUUGUUGUUGAGUAGUACUACGUUUUUUUUGUGAAUAACUUCAAAAAUGCACGUUCAAAAGUUGUUGAUUCUAGCCAUAUGUCAGUGUUUUAGGGACCUGGCCGUUCAAUGGUAUUUGAAAGGUUCAAGGUGCACAAAUAUUCUAUUUCAUAAAUGAUAUUGCAGUAUUGAUUCUCUGUCCUUGGAAGCAAUGAGUACACACAUACUCUGCAUUUAUCAAAAUCAGACAGUGAAGCAAAGAUAUUUGGGAGAAGAGAUUAAUGCUGCAUUAAAUUUAAUUAAUUUGAAUUCUUGGCUGAUGGAUUUGUAGUCUAGGUUUCCUGGUUGCACCUACCUCCAAUUUUUUUUUUAUAUAUACAUAUUAAUUAGAGGGAAGAUGGAAAACUAAUGAUUCUUGACCUAGAGCUAGAAACAAACUGGAACUUGUGCAGUUUGAAUGUAUGUUUUAAAUGAGUUGGUUGGCAGUGUGACUGCAGGUUGCUCAUGCUGCGAAUAGGCAAGUUAAUUGUAGACUAGUUAAUUGUACACAGUCUCUAAAUGUACUGUUUGAGUUUAAAAGACAGUAAAUGGUUUUGUACGUUUAUGUCCGUGUACAUUUACUUCAUGUUAUAUGUUUCUGAUUGGCCAUUUUGAGUCAUGUUUUUAGAUGGUGAGCGCUGUUAACAUAGAAAGCCCUUGCUUUCAUACAUGACUUUUUUUAAAAUAGUGUAAUCUUUGUUGUUCUAAUUUGAUCAAUGUAUCACCUUAGGCAAGUUAUUGGUUUGAAAUUGAUAGAUAUGUUACUUUUUUUUUCUGUGAACAGUGUCACAAUUUAAUACAAUAACACCUUGUCGAAGACAAAAUACCACUAGUUAAUCUCCCCACCCUCCCAAAGGGAAAAAGAACCCUAUGGGCUACAGUGUUGAACCGUUAACACACUGCCUGCAAUCGGCUGAUGGUUGUAUUAAUCCACCUUGCUGUCUGAGCUUUCUUACUGCUUCGGUUUAUGGUGGCACAUAUUCCGGCUGAUGAGGGUUUCCGGUCGCCACUUUGUUUGGCUGUCUUAUAUCCGCCGUCUUGGAUUUCUAACACAGAGCAUGUACCGUUGCAUAUUGUGAACACUGUGUUGCCUUUACUUCUAAUGUUAUUAGAUGCACUUUGGGGACUGUGCCCAGUUGCCUUAACUAGACUACUUUUUUUUUCCAAAACUUGGUCAGUCAUGCUUUACUGUUGAAAGAAAUGUUUUUAAAAGUUUUUACACAUUGAGGUGAAUAAAGGCAACUUUGCAGCAUGUUGUAACUUUUUACUUUGUGAUUGCAUUGUAGCAAGUAGUUUUGGGGAAAAGGGGAAUUAAAAAAAAACUAGCAAUAAUUAGCUUAAGAUAAAUGGCAUUUUUUUAUUCUAAGUAACAUUUACUACUGAAAACAGCCACUUGUCAGAUGUAAGGAUCUUCAUAUUUUGCGGCAGAUUCAUAAGUGAUUCUCUUGUAUAAGCAAGGAGAAAGAUAGCAUUUUUUGUUUUUUUUGUUUUGUGCAAUGUUAAGCCUAGUGGAGGGGGAGGUAAGGAAGUUAUUGGGAUAAAAUGUUUAUUAGCCCGUUAAUGUCAAGAAGCUUUUGACAGCUAUCAUGUAUUUUCCUGGCAGAUCCUCUUAAUUGUAUUCCCUGGAUUAUAAAUGUUGAUCAGAUAGCAUAUUCAUAUUUGUGUGAAUUUCACAAGGUAGAUCUCCAGUUUGCAUUUAUCUCCACUAUAGAGGGCUGUAAUGAUGCUCUUAAACAGCAGUUCCCAACCUUUUUUAUGCCAUGGACCAAUACCAUUAAGCAAGGGGUCCAUGCAUCCCUGGUUGGGAACUCUUGAUCUAAAAUUGGCACAGAAUUUUGGCCAAUCUGAAACAGAGUUGACUGCUACCAGAAGAUAAAACCAAGAUUGAUGUUGGCAAUGAUGCUCUUGCAGUGAAGUAACCCAGAACUGCCUUUCACAAGUAGUGACUGACUUCUCCAGGAGCUCUGGUACAUGUCAGAUUGAUCUCAAGGAGAAAGCACAUGGGGAAAGGUUGAACUGCUAAUUUCAGAAACUGGAAACUAGUAUCAGUUUUCAUAGUACAGUGGAUUCCUGUUAAUUAGGACACAUUGGGACUAGUACAUUGUGGCCAAUUAAAUGGCUGCUACAAUCAGCUGAAGUUUCAUGGAAAUAGUUAAAGGUAUAUAUAAAUUUUUUAAAAAAGACAAAGUACCAUAUAACUGAGAAAGUUGUUUUUAAAUGAAAUGCAGAACAAAUUAGCACACUACCAAUACUUACUACAGUACUAAAAAAUUGUAUUUGUUCCAAAUAGUUAAUGACAGGAAUUCAGCCAGUGUACACUG